AAUUUUCUUCUAUGGACGUCUCUUUUACAGUCAUUCAAUUGUUCUUGUAGAAGAAAUCUAAUAGUUUGUCUUCCUGAAUCUGUCCAAUUAUAUCUUGAUUAGUUGAUUUUCUAUCUGGAUUGAAAUAGAUCUCUCCCUGACCAGCUGAUCUCUCAAUCGGCUGCUGGAGAAAGCAAUGUGGAAAAUUUGAAUAAAUUGCAUUUGUAUUUCAUUGUAAUGACAUAUCUACAUGACACUUUACCUGCUGAUGAAAUCUCUCAGUUCGAUAAAGCUUUAAGUGGGAGUGAAUUGACAAUCUCGCGUGAAAUGGUUUCUUGAAGGAAUCUUUAUAGGUCCAACGUUGGUCAGUUUUCUGUCUCAUAGAGGGAGAUCUUGAUGACAGGUACUAAAUCUGAAGAAACAAAGGUAGCUGGGGAUAACUUGGCUCAGCUUGGGAAAGGAGGUGCUGUUCUCAUGGUUUGCAGGACUUGCGGAAAGAAGGGAGAUCACUGGACAUCGAGAUGUCCAUAUAAGGACAUUGCUCAACCAGUUGAGACCUUUGUUGAUAAGCCAGCGGCAGCAAAGCCAACAAGCACUAAGGGAGCUUAUGUGCCCCCAAGCAUGAGAGCUGGGGCAGAGCAGACGGGGGCAGAGAUGAGGCGUAGGAAUGAAGAGAAUUCUGUCCGUGUAACUAAUUUGUCAGAGGACACUCGAGAGCCCGAUCUGCUCGAACUGUUCCGCACGUUUGGCCCAGUCAGUCGUGUGUAUGUUGCAAUUGAUGAGAAGACAGGUUUGAGCAGAGGUUUUGGUUUUGUCAACUUUGUAAACAAAGAGAAUACUGAGAGGGCCAUCAAUAAGCUCGACGGGUAUGGCUAUGAUAACCUUAUCCUUUGUGUUGAAUGGGCGACACCCAGAGCGAACUAAAACGAAAUAUGCGAGGUGUUAUCAAGCCCAGCACAGCCCUCAUUGGCCCACAGCACUGCCGUUGGUGGUUCUGGAUUUUUACUUCUUUGGGUGUAUUGAAGAAUUUCUGGUAUUCUGAAGUUAAUGUUUCCA